GUGCUCGGAUUAGUGGUGUGGGCGCUCAUCGCCGCCACGACGUACCACCUCCACGCGGAGUACGGCUGGGUGAUGUUCGUGUCCAUCUUCUUUUGGAUAGCGACGCUCCUUCUCUUCAUGACUUACCUCCUGCAGCUUCAGCUGAAGUUCUACGCUGUCCCCUGGCCCCUCGUGCUGCUGAUCUUCAACGCUGUGGCAACCGUCCUCUACAUCACCGCCUUCGUAACGUGCGCGGUCGCCGUCCAUCCUACGUCCUGGCGGCAGUGGGAUUACAACCGGAGAGCUGCGGCGUCUUUCUUCUCCUGCCUUGUGAUGAUCACCUACGGCGUGAGCACCUUCUUCAGCUUCCGCGCCUGGAAAGGGCUCGGCAGCAACGCGGCCACCAGCCAAGUGACCGACCACGCGUAAGGAGCAGAUGGCGAAGCCCCGGCCAUGGGCCACCCUGGGUCAACUCACGCCAGGCUCGGAGC